AUGCCCUACACAUACCCUGCGCUGACCCCAGACCAGAAGAAGGAGCUCUCUGACAUCGCCCACCGCAUCGUUGCUCCGGGCAAGGGCAUCCUGGCCGCAGAUGAGUCCACCAGAGGCAUUGCCAAGCGCCUGCAGUCCAUUGGAACCAAGAACACAGAGGAGAACCGCCGCUUCUACCGCCAGCUCCUGCUGACCGCCGAUGACCGCGUGAACCCCUGCAUCGGGGGUGUCAUCCUCUUCCAUGAGACCCUCUACCAGAAGGCGGAUGAUUGGCGUCCCUUCCUCCAAGUCAUCAAAUCUAAGGGUGGUGUUGUGGGCAUCAAGGUUUCUGAAGAAAAUGUUCCAGCAUACCUGUGA